ACUCUCGUUAGAUUCGCGCAUCCCAUCAAGGCUGAUCCUCUCCCACGUGUACGCAUCGAUUUACAUUUUUACAUUAUUACGCGAGCAAAAACCGAUCGCAAAGAAAUCGACGGGAAUCAGUCGCGUGUAAACCGCGCACAAGCACGUUCGUUCGAUCUUUCAUCGGCUGAGACGACAUCCGCCAAAAUGUACAGACCGAGAGCUCUCUCUUCUUACUUCUACGAGAGGAAGUGUUACCUGUGCGAGCGUCGCACGGUGUAUCCCGAUCAAAUCGAUACCUGGAAACCGCAACGAAGAGUGAGAUUCAUCGAGCCUAACAGAAUGAUGCGAUCAGCCUCUCCCCAGUACCCUAGCAGGACAUCGGAUAUUCGGGUGAUUCGGUUGACGGAGGAUCAGGAAGCUGUUCUUCAGGAGCAGUUCAACAGGUGGCCAAGAGCACCUCACGCGGCGGAUGUCGUCCUAUUGGCAGCUGAGACAGGACUCUCCGAAGCUGAUGUCGAGGCCUGGUAUGCCAUCCGAUUGGCCCAAUGGAGGAAGGAACAGGGCCUGGGAGGAAACCUUGGUUUACAUUGAUACCUAACGUUGCAACCAACGUUAUCGUACUCGUGUACCUGAAAAUGUAGUUCGUAUACGAACCGACAACGAUCCGUCGUUUGUCGAUCUUCUUUUGCUUUCAGCUUACGAGCAAACGUGCUCUUGCGUAGAUGUUAUUAACUUCGAUCAGUGUUUUUCAAAGUUUGGAAGGUGUCGAACUAUACGAAGAGGGGGCGAAAGAAAAAUGUUAACACAACGAAAUCUAGAAACUUAGGAGACUAAGAACUGCAGAAGUAUAUUUCUCUAUUCCCAUUCUAAAUUUUUGGUGAGAUGGCGCCUUUCGAAAAGUUUGGAAACCACUGAGAUAGACCCUCGAGAAAUCUCGAUUUAUUUAUGUUAAUUGUAAUUAAGACGAAACGAUACGAGCGAUGGUACCAAAAAUUGGUUUCUCAACGAGUAACCGCGGGGUAGAACGAUGCCCGAUAGAAGAUUAAUCGUAGUUGUUUUAGCUUCUUGUUAAGGUAUUUACCGUUGUUUAUGACGAUAGCGAUCGAGCAUAAAUUCUUGCGAUUCACGCCUGAAAAUUAUGAAAUUAUUUUCUUCGAAUCUCUCAACGUUAGUUAAUUGUAGGGACGCCGAGCAAAUAAGACAUUACCAGCGAGUAUUAAUCGUAGCUUGUAUAUUAUUUAACGUAUGACCUAAUCGAUGGUCGCGGAAGAAUUAUAUUAAUUAUAACGUUGUAGAAGCAGAUACCAUAAAUAUAUUUCGUUGCUUACGGAUAGUUGAACUAAUAAAACCCACGACAGAUGUACAAAAAAA